CAGUAAUGUGACCAGAGCAGAGAGGCUGCCAACCUCCACUCGCCUUUGAGUAAAGAAAAAUACAUUGUUUAUAUGUGUUGGGAAGCCAUAAUUGUGGAAGUUUAAACAGAUCUACCGGACUGUUUCACCUCAACAAGGGCAAGAACAAGCUUGCAGGAAAAUACUAUAAAACUUGGACUGCAAGUGCCGUACUGAGAUACAGACAUUUGAAAAACACAGGAUCAGCGUUUUUGUCUCACAGAUUUGUGACUGGACACAGAAGUGGAAGAAGACGCUCAAUACGGACAUCUUUUCAGUCCUGCUGUCCAGCUUGAGAAUGUGUGGUCAACCUUCACGGGCAUCAUGAUUUCUCACUACCCGCUGGCAUCGCUGCUUCCCUGGCCGCCCAAUCCGCAGUACCUAGACCUGGAUGAGGAUGGAGGAGUGUCCCUGCAGAGGUAUCAGCCACGGUCACCUGAGAGCAGCCCUCGACACUGGAGCUCUGUGCAGGACUGGGGGGAGGAGGUCGAGGAAGGGGCCAUAUAUAACGUGACGCUGAAGAGGGUCCAAAUCCAGCAGGCGGCAAACAAAGGCGCAAGAUGGCUGGGGGCGGAAGGCGACCGGUUGCCUCCGGGUCACACAGUGAGUCAGUUGGAGACAUGUAAGAUUAGGAGUAUCCGGGCAGGGACGCUGGAACGCUUGGUGGAAACAUUACUCACAGCGUUCGGUGACAAUGACCUGACCUACACCAGCAUCUUCCUUUCCACGUACAGGGCCUUCACAACAACGCAGGGGGUGCUGGAGCUGCUGUUGGGAAGGUAUGGGAGUUUUGAGGAUUGUGAGGGGGAGAGUAACCAAUGCCGGACAGGAGAGAGCAGAGGCGCUGUGAGAACUGCUUUAGCGUCUAUCCUCAGAGCUUGGUUGGAUCAGUGUCCAGAGGACUUCCAGGAACCUCCAUCAUAUCCAAGCCUGCACCGUGUACUGGGUUUCCUGCAGAAGGCCAUGCCGGGCUCAGAGCCAAUGCGCCGGGCUCAGAGUCUGCUAGAGCAAUUACAAGUUCAGGCCAGCCUGGAGAAUGAAUCGGAUGGAGGCUUCCUCGGCAACAAUCCUUUCUGCCUGGGGGAAGAGGAGGAAGUGGAGAUUGAAGUGCAGGAGGACUUCUUGUCCUUCGAGGUCGACCUCGUAGCAGAGCAGCUGACCUACAUGGAUGCGCUGUUAUUUAAGAAGAUGGUUCCUCAUCACUGUUUGGGUUCUGUCUGGUCUCAGCGUGAUAAGAAGGAUGGUAAACAUUGCGCGCCCACCAUUCGUGCCACCAUCACUCAGUUUAAUGCGGUGACAGCGUGCGUGGUCAGCACUAUACUCCGGCAACGGCAGAUGCGGCCACACCUACGUGCCCGCAUCAUCCAGCGCUGGAUCGACAUUGCACAGGAGUGUCGCAUUCGUAAGAACUUCUCGUCUCUGAGAGCCAUUGUGUCAGCUCUACAGUCUAAUCCUAUCUACAGACUGAAGAGAACAUGGGCCUGUGUUUCUAAAGACAGCAUGCAGAUGUUCGAGGAGCUGUCCGAUAUUUUCUCUGAUCACAAUAAUUAUCUUACCAGCCGAGAGCUGCUGAUGAGGGAGGGCACUUCAAAAUUCGCCAGUUUAGACAGCUGUGCCAAAGACCACCAGAAACGGUCACAGAAGAGACUACAGUUACAGAAAGAAAUGGGAGCCAUGCAAGGGACGAUCCCAUACCUGGGUACUUUUCUCACAGAUCUGACGAUGCUUGAUACAGCACUGCCUGACCAAGUGGAGGGAGGACUGUUUAAUUUCGAGAAGCGACGCAGAGAGUUUGAAGUGAUCGCUCAGAUCAAGCUUCUGCAGUCAGCGUGUAACAGUUACUGUCUGACCCCUGACCCCUCAUUUUUACGCUGGUUUAAAGGACAACCUCUGCUCACCGAGGAGGAGAGCUAUGCUCUGUCCUGUGAGAUUGAAGGCUUAGGAGACAACAGCCCAACAUCACCAAAACCACGCAAGAGUAUGGUGAAGAGACUGAGCUUACUCUUUUUAGGGACCGAUGCCUCAAACUCUCACAUGAGAGAAAGUCCUCGGUCGCCCCCUACAGGCAGCUCGGGGGAGAGCAUGGACUCAGUCAGUGUGUCUUCCAACGACUCAAGCCCUUCAGAGGGCGAGGGCAUGACACCUACACACUCUAUAGAAACUCAUCUGAAGAAGCUAUCCGAGUCUUCCUCCUGUACCUCAUUGCACUCCAUGGACACCUCGUCUUCCUCAGCCAGCGCUUCCAUAUCUCUGGCCUCCCCGACACUGCCGGGGCCUCCAUGCACCCACCGGCGUUCGGUCUCCCUGACGCCCAUGACUCCAACCUCACCCAGUUUCUCACCCACCUAUAACACACAAGCUCAGGACGCUUGCAUCAUCAGAGUGAGUCUGGAGCAGGGCAACGGAAACCUCUACAAGAGCAUCUUGCUGACAAGUCAGGACAAAACUCCGGCAGUGAUCUGUCGAGCCAUGGCCAAACACAACCUGGAAGGCAACCAAGCUGCAGACUAUGAGCUUGUGCAGGUCAUCUCUGAGGAAAGAGAAUUGGUUAUCCCUGACAACGCCAAUGUGUUUUACGCCAUGAGCACCUCUGCGAACUUUGACUUCUUGUUGCGUCUGCGCGGGUCUGAAGGGAGGCCGGUACAGCUGCGCAGUCGUUGCAGCUCCACUCUACCGCGCACGCAGCAGCGCGCCAGUUUGUCCCUUAGACUUAGCAAGGUCACGCUGUGACCUCUGACCUUUGUUGGGGACAAGGUGGACUACAUAGGGUGGAGACCUUGAAAACAGGCUUAACAGACUAUUGCAUGGGGGGAUAGUAUUGUUGAUAUACAAAAAAAGAACAUUUCUGGUUUUAGGUUCUUCCAUUCUGCCUUUUGGAGUAAACAGUCUGAAUACAGCAUGUGCCUCCGCCUCCCCUUUCUAAAAUUUCGUAGCCCUUUAUUGGAAGAGACGUGGCCCACCCUCCACUUUGCUGGAUGUUUUGCACAUGCGCAGGAAAGUCUCCUGCUCCUUGUCAGUAUUUUGCAAUAGAGCACAUUAUCUCUUCCCAGCCAAGAGACCUACUCAGUUUCAGAAGAAAGUGAGAGGAAAACUCUGGGAAGGGAAUGAAUUGACUUGCGUCAGUAUUGAAGAUGAUCUGCAAGAGCCGUGAUGUCAGUGUUUUCUUUCCGUGUCCCUUUGUGCACCGUGUGAACAACGUGGACUGCAACCUUAGACUUAAAGUGCUUAGACUGGCUGCUGUCAGUCAAGAUUGCGGCAUAGCAAACCAUAGAAUUUGUUUUAUAUGAUUCUGUAUUGAUACAUCGACAUUGCUAAUGCCAAAUUUUUGAAAAGAGGAACUGUUUCCUCUAUGUAUUAUGAAUGAUACACAUCUAUGAUGAACCCUAAGGUGUAUGAAGUCUGUGGCCUAAUACUCAAUUUCAGCUGCCUAACUUAUCAUGUCUAUUCUAAGCAUUUUAUAUCUAUUACUGCAUUUCUCAUAUUGUGAGCUGCGUGACGAAUGCAGAAAAUGUGUUCUGACUGGUUCCUGCUUGGUUUUAUCAAGUCUGUGGAAUUGCCUUUACUUUGAUUGGAUUAAUGUUGUGUCUUUAAGGUGUUAUCACACCGAUAGGAUGGGUUUUGUUUCUGAAACCUGGAUUGAGCUGCCUUCCUAUCUCAUUCAGCGGCACUUGCUGAGGGGUGGGCGGAGUCAGGAGGUGUGUCUUAAGUGUGCUUUGUCCACUGUUGUAGCCUUCCUUUAUUCUGUCUUCAAGCAACACUAUAUUAAUUAUAUAUUUUUCUUUCUGCUUCCUUUUUAUAUGUAUGUUUUUGUCAGAGCUGAAGAAAUAUGAUUUGUAUAAGAAAAUGAUUCUGGAAGAUUUAAAAGGCUAUGUAAAACUAAAAGAGAAACUUUAAAAAGCUGUGAAAUAUGAGUGUGUGAUUGUAAAGCAAGUAUUACAACAGGUCAGGCAUUUUCACUAUCACGAGCACAAUAAUUCACAUAUAUUUCACCAUGUGAAACAUUACCCAAAGCCUUUGAGAUGUUACGCUUGUGAACCUGAUAAAUAUCACUAAGGGGGCGGCCUUUACAAAAAUAUGUUUUACACUAAAACUAAUUGUUUUACACUCAGGCAUUUUUAACAUGGAUCGGUUCUAGACAUUUCAAAAUUCUUAUGGAUUUCUUGCCUUAAUCUGAUUUGAACUUUACAUAAUGCCAUUAGACCAUGAAACCUCUAAGUCUGUUGUUUUGUACUUGUUAGUAUUCUGAAUGUGCUUAUUUUUACACAUCCUGUGGUCAUUAACUUUGAGGCUUGUAAUUUGUCAACAACACCACACCAUAGACACCAAGUGCCAAAUUUGCCCUAUUUUUCUUUUUGUUCGCUCUUGUUUGUUGCAUUAAACAUACAAGUCAGCAAUGACACUAUCAGAAUAAAACAACUAAGAAUGUAGAGUCUUAAAAGAAGACGGACGACAGUGUUUGUUUUGCUUAUUUGUCUUGGUUCAGAUUUACUCAGCACUUGUGAAUUUUCUCUGUUCUUUAUUUUGAAUAUUUCUUCACUACCAAAUAAUUGUCUAUAUAACGUGAGUAAGUGAAUAAAUUAUUAUCGUUACAAUGUUUUGUAAUUGAAUAUUAAUUUUCAUUAAAUGGAGACUCUUAAAUGCA